GGGUUCUGACUUCUGAGCUUGUUUGAAACCCUGUGUUUGUCGUACUGUAUUAACUCGGAGAGACGCAGGCUUUCGGUUGAGUUAGUGUUAAAAAGGAGGAGCGGGUUUAGUCGAAAAAAAACUUGUAAAAAAUGGGGAAGAAAUCGAAGAAGCCAGGCAAAGGCAAAGAGAAAACGGAAAGGAAAACAGCAAAAGCUGAGGAGAAGAGAGCUCGUCGAGAGUCCAAGAAACUUUCUCCCGAAGAUGACAUUGACGCCAUUUUGUUGAGUAUUCAAAAGGAGGAAGCAAAGAAAAAGGACGUUCAUGUUGAUGAAAAUGUCCCAGCGCCAUCUCCUCGAUCGAACUGUUCGUUAACAGUUAAUCCUCUGAAGGAUACAGAGUUGAUACUAUACGGGGGUGAAUUCUACAAUGGCAGUAAGACAUUUGUGUAUGGUGAUCUUUACAGGUUUGAUGUAGAAAAGAUGGAAUGGAAGUUGGUUUCAAGUCCCAACAGUCCGCCUCCUCGUAGUGCUCAUCAGGCAGUUGCUUGGAAAAAUUAUCUCUAUAUCUUUGGUGGUGAAUUCACAUCUCCAAAUCAAGAACGGUUCCAUCAUUACAAGGACUUCUGGAUGUUGGAUCUAAAAACAAAUCAAUGGGAACAACUGAAUUUGAAAGGUUGUCCAAGUCCACGGUCUGGUCAUCGAAUGGUCCUGUACAAGCAUAAGAUUAUUGUUUUUGGUGGCUUCUAUGAUACUCUCAGAGAAGUGAGGUAUUAUAAUGAUUUGCACAUCUUUGACCUAGAUGAGUUCAAGUGGCAAGAAAUAAAGCCUAGGCUUGGUUCCAUGUGGCCUAGUGCUCGGAGUGGUUUCCAAUUUUUCGUGUAUCAAGAUCAGAUUUAUUUAUAUGGAGGGUACUACAAAGAAGUGUCUUCUGAUAAGAACAGCUCAGCCUCGGAGAAAGGAAUUGUUCAUGCAGACAUGUGGUCUCUUGAUCCUAAGACUUGGGAGUGGAACAAGGUUAAAAAAAGUGGGAUGCCUCCUAGUGCUCGUGCCGGGUUUUCCAUGUGUGUUCAUAAGAAACGUGCUAUGCUAUUUGGCGGUGUAGUAGAUAUGGAAAUGGAAGGUGAUGUAAUGAUGAGCUUGUUCUUGAAUGAACUUUAUGGCUUCCAACUAGAUAACCACCGAUGGUAUCCUUUGGAGCUACGGAAGGAAAAGUCAACCAAGGUUAAGUCAAGAAAGGAUUCUAAACAAGAGACAUCUGGUUCUGAUUAUAAUGAUGAGGUAAAUAUUGAAGCAGAGACUAGUGGCAUAGAUGAUAAAGACCAAAUUAUGGAGUAUGAUGAACAAGCUGGUGAUGAGGAAAGCAACAUUGAUGAAAUGUCUGAGCACAUCGUAGCAAACAUGACAAUCGAUGAUGAAAGGUCAAUCAAAUCUGCUUCAAAGCCUCAGCAAACUAAAUCUAAAUCUAAAUCCAAUGUUCAAGAUUCUGUUUCACCUGAGGUUGUAAAGCCUUGUGGACGAAUAAAUUCCUGUAUGGUUGUUGGUAAAGAUACUUUAUAUAUAUAUGGGGGCAUGAUGGAGGUUAAAGAUCAAGAAAUUACACUUGAUGAUUUAUAUUCUCUUAAUCUUAGUAAACUUGAUGAAUGGAAGUGCAUCAUACCGGCAUCUGAAAGUGAAUGGGUGGAAGCCUCAGAGGAUGAAGAUGAUGAAGAUGAAGAUGAUGAUGAUGAUGAUGAUAGCGAAGAUGAAGGUGAGAGUGGUAGCGAUGAUGAGGAAACUGACGAUGAUGAUGAGGCAAAGGGUACAAAUGAUGGUACGAAAUCAGUUCAAAUGGGAGAUGCUGUUGCUUUAAUAAGGGGCGAGGGAAAGACUUUGCGGAGGAAAGAGAAACGGGUCAGGAUAGAGCAGAUUAGAGCUAACCUUGGCCUCUCAGAUUCACAGAGAACACCAACGCCUGGAGAAUCAUUGAGGGAUUUCUAUAGACGUACUAGUUUGUACUGGCAAAUGGCUGCCCAUGAACAUACUCAGCACACUGGCAAGGAACUCCGUAAAGAUGGUUUUGAUCUUGCUGAGGCUCGUUAUAGGGAACUUAAACCACUUCUUGACGAGUUGGCCAUAUUAGAGGCAGAACAGAAGGCUGAAGAGGCAGAAGGACCAGAAACAAGUUCGAGAAAGAGAGGGAAAAAGAGAGUUUAAGAAUUUAGCACCCAGCAUUUGCAAUACUUUCAGAGUUUGGGUAAGCUGUGAAAUUUUAAAAAUUUUGUUGGUUUAAUUUAUGGCCUCCAAACUAAGGUUUGUCACGCACGCGAACACUACGAAUGGCCGUAGAACUGUUCUUUCUAUGGUAAAAUAUGUAUUAAAUCUGAAGAAAUUUUGGUGGAUAUAAUAUUUUUGUAUUUAAAAGUUAUAUUGAUGGAGGAAUAUGGAUCGAGAUGUGAGCUGUGUUUUCUAUUAAUUCGAACCAAGUCUAGUUGAUACUUGAUAUCUA